AUGCAUCUCUCAAAUUCUAUGUUUCGCAUUUUGAUCUCUGUGUAUGUUGCACUGGGCAGUGUGACCUACGGAUAUUGCUCCAGUAUCAUCUCGAGCACUCUCGCCCAGCCCUCAUUUCUCUCGUACUUUGAUUUGGAUACGCGCAAAAAUGCCAGUAGCUUGGAAGGUGCUAUCAAUGCUCUCUUCCAGGCGGGAGGGCUUUUCGGCUGCUUGUCAUGUAUCGCAUUUGCAGACAUCCUCGGAAGACGAAAGUCGAUUAUGCUGGCCUCUGUGACCAGUGUCAUCGGAGGAGCAUUGCAAGUUGCAGGUAUUCACAUUGGCGCGUACCUUGUCUUCCGCUUUGUGACCGGGCUUGGUGUUGGUGCCCUGGUUGCUUUGAUUCCUCUCUAUCAGUCGGAAAUUGCUCCACCUCGUAUUAGAGGCCUGCUUGUGGGAUCUCACGGUGUGAUGAUCUGCGUGGGAUAUGCCUUGUCUAGUUGGAUCGGGUUUGGGUUCUCCUUCGUUCAGGCUUCCGCGGUCCAGUGGAGGAUCCCAUUGGCUAUCCAAUGCGUGCCCCCUAUUUUCCUGACAAUUGGUGUCAUGUUUCUGCCAGAGUCCCCUCGCUGGUUAAUAUACAAUGACCGCAUUGAUCAGGCAUGGGCAGCGUACAAAGCAGUGUCUGCUUCGUCAGACACACCGACCCCUGAAGACGAUGAGGAAUUGGCGGCAAACUUUGCCAAUCUAUGCAGUAUGAUCCGUAUGGAAAAUACGGAGGAUCAUAGCUUCAAGGCUCUUGUGACCACACCUGCCCUUCGGAAAAGAUGUAUCAUAGGCUUCGUGGUUCUCUUCGGAUGCCAGGGAACGGCCACCUUGGUUAUUAACAACUACGGUCCAUCGCUUUACAAAUCUCUUGGCUUCAAAACAAACUCCCAGCUGCUCAUUCAGGCUGGCUGGAUUACAAUUUCCCCCUUCGGGAACUUGAUCAACUCUCUCCUAGCUGAUCGAGUAGGACGAACUCGGCUCCUCAUGGCCGGUUAUACCGGCGUGAUAGUGGCAUUGAUUGGUGAAUGCAUCUCGGUUAGUAUUUUCCAACAUAAUGGAUCCAAAGCCGCCGUCAACGCAGCAAUCUUUUUCCUUUUCUUCCACAUGGCAUGCUUUUCAACUACAUGUGAUGCAACGUCAUACAUUUACGCCUCCGAGAUCUUCCCUACUCCUGUGCGUGCUCGGGGUCUGGCAGUUUCAAUCUCUGGUUUGUUUCUUGCCACAAUUAUAUUCUUGCAAUGUGCACCCACGGCCUUUGCUACCAUUGGAUGGAGGUAUUAUAUUGUUUUCAUUGCCUGUACCUCAGCCACGCUUGCAUUUGUGCUGCUCUACUGUCCCGAGACUGGGCGAAAGUCGUUGGAAGAGAUUUCUGACCUUUUCAACUCGCCCUUCGAUGAGAAAGCUCUGGAAGGUGACAAGGACAGGAAGAUUGGCGAUAAGCACUAUGUGGAUGAGGUUGAAGAUUUCGCUGGUCAGGGGGCCGAUAUCCAGUCCUCCGAAAAUACGCUACCUACCUUCACUAUUCGACCACCCCCUACCGUCACUAUUCGACCAGCCUCCGAACGCCGGGAUAAUCACAAGCUCUUGACAAUUGGAAUUUUCGCCGAAGUAUACCUUUUGGACGAUCAUAUCAUAAGGAAAAUUCCCCGCAGUCAGAGUGAAGAAGAUCUACAACCUAUACUACGCGAGGCUCUGAUUUACAAUAUUCUCGGAGCACAUCCACGAAUUGCCGAAUGGCUAUCAAGGGGCAUAUCCGACUAUAUCGAGAUCACAUACUAUUCUCAUGGUGACCUUGUGGAAUACUUGGACAGGAAUCCAAUCACUCCCGAGCUUCGAUCCAAAUGGUAUCAGCAGAUCUUAGAAGCUAUUGUUUUCAUCCAUAGCCGUGGUGUUAUCCAUUCCGACCUUGCUCUACGUCAGUUCUUCAUUGAUGAGAACUUUGAUCUACGACUUGGCGAUUUCAAUUCUUCGCAGUGUCCUGGCCAUGCAGCGCUUGGCUAUGAGAAAGCAUCACACUGCUUACCAAGAGAUUAUGAACUUCCCAACACGGAAGCUUCCGACAUCUUCGCCCUAGGAUCUACGCUCUAUGAGCUAGUUACUGGCAAAGCGCCAUAUAGCGAACUUUAUGGGCCGAAAACCGACGAUCCGGAUAUCAUCAAAGCUCGACUCCGACGACAAGACGUGAUAGACUAUGAUAUUGAAUCACGCUACAAAAACGGCAUUUUCCCGGAUGUCUCUGAUCUUUUCUCCGACCCUCCUAAGAUGCCGACGGGACAAAUGGUUUCACAACUUUCUAGAUCAGGAACAAUCCUUUUUCAAGUAACGUGCGUAGCCAUCUCUCUUGCUUGGGGCUUUGAAGCCCCUAUAGCUGGAUAUCGCACGAGGUGGGACUGGCUAUUCGUCCCCACCGGCACGGGAAGCCAUCAUGGAAGUGAGCAUCCGGGGCUAAGCGAGAUUACUCGGCAUUUGACCCCAAAUCUCGGUAAGGGUGUCCUCCCCGCGCUUAAAGAGGUCUCCCUGGCCGCCCCAAAAUUCCAACACUGGAUAGGAGCAUAUAAGAUGGCAUCGUAUGAAAAUGCCGAUCACCGGGAGCCACGGUAUAUCCUCCCAAAAUUCGAAGAUCUCCCGCCUGUAGCUGGCCAGCCGCAAGGAUGCCUCUGGGGGUUCUUUGACAAGCCUGGCAAGAAAGACGAGUUAGGAACUCUCAACUUCCUCAGCCCGUCGGUGGUGCGGGAGGCAGCAAAAGAGAUCCAAUUCGGGAAUCAUGUCCAGCUUGACUGGUCCAUGAAUAAUCUACAAUUCCCGGGAUCUGGACGGGCUACAUUGUGUCAUCAUGUCAAAGAGAUGGAGGCUGAGGGCUUUGUUGGUCUUGACGACGAAAUUUAUAUCAAUACCCAGACUAGUUCACAGUGGGAUAGUCUCAAACACUGGGCGAUUCAGGACCAAGCGGUUUUCUAUAACGGGCUCACAUUAAAGGAUGCUAUUAAGGGGCCCGAGAACGGAAUCCAUAACAUUUGCGAGCGCGGGGGCAUUGUUGGACGAGGCAUCUUAGUUGAUUGGCUGAGAUGGUGGCAGCACCACAAUCCAACAAGCACUCCUCCUAGCCCUGACACCAAUUGGGCCAUUCCGCUGUCAGAAAUCGAAGAAACCUUAAAAUGGCAAGGCACGCAAUGUAAACCGGGUGAUAUAUUCAUCCUUCGGACAGGAUUCGUCAAAUGGCACGAGACGGCAGAUCCCGAGGCAAGGGCCAAAGGCGUCAGAUCUUGCCAAUAUAUUGGAGUCGAAGGCAACAUGGAAACCGUCAGGUGGCUAUACGAUAAACAAUUUUCUGCUGUGGCCUGCGAUACCAUGGGAUUCGAAGCUUGGCCUUAUGCUCAGGACUGUUGCUUGCAUGAGUGGCUACUGUGUCAGUGGGGUACUCCGAUCGGGGAAUUAUGGGACCUGGAAAAGCUGAGCACACAAUGCGCGGGGUUGAACAAGUGGUCUUUCUUCCUGACUAGUGCGCCGUUGCAUCUUAAGGGUGGAGUGGGCUCGCCUCCUGGGGCUAUUGCUGUAUUGUAG